UAAAAAUACAGUUCAGAGGAGUCAUAACCCUCGACCGCGGCGUUAGAAAAGAAGAGGAAGCGAACGCGAUUAUAUUCGAGCCCCACCCCCUUUUGUUCUUUGUUUUUCCCCCGGCCUUCCCAGCGACUUUCCCGCUUUCACGUGUUUGUUGACGACGCGACUGGGCUUUGUGGUGAGCAUGCCUGCAGUAAUCUGAGAAAGUUGGUGCAUCCAUUGCAGCAGCGGUGAGCUUCCACGCGAACUCUCGGCACGUAUGCCGUCUUUGCUUUCGGCCAUGCUUCUGCGUCUCUUCAACUGGUUUCUGUUCGCGGCCGAGCUGGCGCGUUUGGUGACUCGCCUCGCCUACACCUUGGCCGAGUGCGCUUUUCGACUGCUGGUGCCCAAACAGAAGAAGAACGUCGCCAACAGCGUCGUUGUCGUAACCGGAGCCGCACGCGGCCUGGGACGCGAAAUCGCCCGCAUAUUCGCCGAACUCGGGGCGAAAGUGGUGCUGCUCGACAUUGAUCAGGCUCGGAAUAACGAAACCGCCAAGAGCAUUCGGUCGGAUGGAGGCAAGGGCUUCUCGUUCACCUGUGACGUGACGGACGAGGACCAGGUCAAGAAGGUCGCUCAGAAGAUUGGCCGACUCAUCGGAGAGGUGGACAUUCUGGUGAACAAUGCGGGCAUUGCCCAGUCCAUGCCCAUCCUCAACAUGAACCCCAACCAGAUCAGACGCACCAUGGAGGUUAACACUCUUUCCCACUUCUGGACCAUCCAGGAGUUCCUGCCAAAGAUGUUGGAGCGUCGCAAGGGGCACAUUGUGGCCGUGUCGUCCAUGGCGGGGCUCAUUGGGGCGGCAAACUACACCGAAUACUGCGCUUCCAAGUUUGCCAUCAUGGGGCUGAUGCUGUCCCUGGAACGGGAACUGGCCCAGUCGGACGAGGGACGCAACAUCCGGCUCAGCACCGUCUGCCCCGCCAUCCUGUCCAAGGGCUUUGAGUGCACUGGGCUGCCCUUCCUCAGCACCUGGUUCCCGAGCAUCUUUCCAUCGAUGGACGUGCAGGUGGCAGCCCAAGAGGUGGUCACAAGGAUCCUCAGGGAAGAGGAUGUUAUCAUCCUCCCCGCCAGCUUCUCCCUCAUGCACAGGCUCUCCCUGCUUCUGCCCCACAAGGUUGGCAGGUUGGUGCAGGAAUAUCUGGACUACAUGGUCAACCCUUCCGUAGUGGAUUGAGCAAAUCCGGAACUCCCGGAGUCGGUCUGCAGUGUCCAAGAUCCCCUCCGCUAGUGUCGGAGGGAACAGCGCCACAGUCACGAAACUGGUCUUGCGUCGUCUCCGCCGGUAGCUCUCUUCAAGCACCGGAGCCUUGACGUCAGUGCAAUCCACAAAGUCAUGAGAGAGAGAGAGUACAAAGGAAGGGUCAUGUCUAGGGUACCGUGCCAAUGUUCUGUUUGUCUCCGUGUUUUGUGUUUAUUUUUGUAACAUUUAGGUGUAACAGUUGUUUAUGUGUCGUAUAGUGUGUCCAAAAAGAAAAACACUUAGGUUUUUUUGUUUGUUUUUUCACUGCAAGAAUAAGCUAUGCGUCAUUGAAAUUGAAUUCUCCUUCAAAGUGUAACGCUAGAGAUCCAGUUAAAAACUAACUGUUGCCUUAUUCAACAGCCGUAAAUGAUUUUCUGGAAAUCUCAAUGGCAAAAUUAGUUCCGUGCUUGGUGACUGGUGCCAUUCAGCUUUGUGUAUUUGAGGACUCUGUUAGCCGCCAUUUUUCCAAUUAAAAUUUUUUUAGACAGUUCUGUAAAUUUUUAUAAAGAUAUUGAUUAGUUUUGGAACUCUGGCACCUGUUUUGGACCGCUAGUGUCCCAUUUGGGUGGAGAAUGAGCAUUCAGCAGUGCAUAGUUUACUUUUCUGAUAAAAAAAAAAAAAAUUUAUGUACAUUUAUUUUUGGGUCACUGUGUACGGAGCAUCUCACGGUACAGCAGCGUGUCCACAUUGCUGUAGACCCUGAGGGAAAUGAUGGCAGCAUUUUUAUUGAUCGAGAAGAUCCAGGCAGCUUUACGGGUUGUAGUUUUUGUACGGAAAUUAUGAACAUCUAAUUUUACCGUAAUUUGACAGCUUUUUCCUUUUUCUUCGUAUGGUUUGUACGACCAUUGUGUGCCUUUAGUGCCCUUGGUGCUCGUAGAACUCUGUGACAUUGUGCAGUCGAGGGUUCCAGGAUGAAGGAUGUAAUGUCCUUGCAUUUUAUUCUUGCUAUUUACUCAUUUUUCGAUUUAUUGCUCUACUGAAUUCUAUUUUUAGUGAAAUUCUGAAUUCUUAUUAAAAAAAAAACUAUUUUUUUUUUUGUACAAAAUGUUUGUUGCUUCAAUACUGUUGACUUUGAAAGUAUGUUCCUGUGAAAUAAAAUAGUACACUUGCAAGAUGAA